CUGGCGUUGUUUGGCGCCUUCGGGAUCAACAAAUACACCCGGUUUUCUUUGCACCUUUCUCAUUUAUCCACCAUGGAUGUCUCGAAUAUCUUGGCCUCGCAUGCCGCAAAAUAUCAACCGGUAACGGUUGAAAAGGAAACGCCGCUCGACGUUGAUGUAGGGUACCUCACGGUAAUGGACCCGAAUCCCAUUGAUGAGGACAGCUACAAAUCCAAUCUUGAAGAACAUCUGCAGUCUCUUGCACGCGACGGGGUGCAAUCACUGUUUUCGUCUCUUUUUACGCUUCCUACAAAAAGUUCUGACGAUGGUCCUCUGGCCCAGUUAGCACCCCCAAAAACUCAGUUACCCCGCGCCAAACCUUUACCAAAACCCAAGCCACCCACCAAAUGGGAGCAAUUCGCUGCAGCGAAGGGUAUCCAGAAGAAGAGAAGGGACAAGAAGGAGUGGGACGAGGAAAGACAAGAAUGGGUUAACAGUUGGGGAAGAGACGGGAAGAAUAAGCAGCUUGAAGAGCAAUGGAUUACAGAGGUGCCUCUCAAUGCCGAUGUCGAUCACGACCCUCGGAAAGUAGCGCGCGAGGAACGCAAAGCAAGAGUAGCCAAAAACGAAAAGCAACGAGAGAAAAACCUUGCCCGUGCACAGGGCCCUUCGUCCUCAGUAGCAGAUACAAAUCCCCGUGAACAACGGAAGAAAGAGAUAGCUAAGACACUUUCUUCGGCGCGGGUAAGUACCGCAAGUAUGGGUCGCUUCGAUAAGAAACUCGAGGGCGAGAAGAAGAUGCGUGGUGUGAAACGAAAGUUCGAUGCCAAUGAGCAACCUGUUGAACACGAAAAGAAUGCAUCUCUGGCUCUACUAUCCAAAAUGGAAAGCGACGCCAAGAAGACGAGGGCAGCCCCGCCAUCUGGAGACGGUGUCGUCAAUGUUCGGAAGGCUGUGAGGUUCGCGAGCAAAGGCCGAGGAGGUAUUGCUCUUGGUAGAGACUCGUCCGGUGGGAGCACGAAGCGCAAGCAGAGUGCGAAAAGAAGAUGAACUAUUGGUUGACUUCCGUUCUUUAGAUUUGUCUGUACCUACUACUUGAAUAUGUUUUGAGUGGGAACUCGCUG